GGGGGCGCGCACGGCGCUCUGCCGGCGUCUGAAUGAGAGAGAGAGAAGAAGAAACGGACGGAGAACAACGGCCCGGAGCUCCGGGGAGCGGCGCUGAUACGGGGAGCGGAGCUGGCUGCAACGGUUCUGUGCAGUAUGAAAAUGAUGCCGUUACUUCCAUGGAGAUGAGAUGAUCAAAGUUCUGCGCUCACUUCGGAGAGGGAGCAAGCACUAAUGGUGCCAGAAGAAUGGACCUAAUGAACGGCCAGGCGAGCAACCCUGCUCUCACGACGAACGCUUCAGAGAAAAGCAGCAGCUCAGAAUCGCUGAGCGACAAAGACUCCGCUGCCCUGAAGAAAAGUUUUGACGCUGUUGUGUUUGACGUCCUCAUGGUCACUCCAGAGGAAUAUGCCGGUCAGAUAACACUAAUGGAUAUGCCGGUUUUUAAAGCCAUUCAGCCAGAGGAAUUAUCAAGUUGUGGGUGGAAUAAAAAGGAGAAAUACAGUUCUGCACCGAAUGCCGUGGCCUUCACAAGACGAUUUAACCAAGUGAGCUUUUGGGUGGUGAGAGAGAUUCUUCAUGCACAAACACUAAAGAUUCGUGCAGAGGUCUUGAGCCAUUAUAUAAAAACCGCCAAGAAGCUGUAUGAGCUGAACAACCUGCAUGCAUUAAUGGCUGUGGUGUCUGGGUUACAAAGUGCUCCGAUCUUCCGACUCACCAAGACAUGGGCGUUACUGAGUCGGAAAGACAAGACAACCUUUGAGAAAUUGGAGUACGUAGUCAGUAAAGAAGAUAAUUACAAGCGGCUCCGAGACUACAUCAAUAGCUUGAAGAUGACUCCUUGUAUCCCCUACCUGGGUAUUUACCUCUCAGACCUCACCUACAUAGAUUCUGCGUAUCCUUCCACUGGCAGCAUAUUGGAGAACGAACAAAGAUCCAAUCUCAUGAAUAACAUCCUGAGGAUAAUCUCCGACCUGCAGCAGUCCUGUGAAUAUGACAUCCCUUUGUUGUCGCAUGUCCAGAAAUACCUGAACUCCGUGCGGUACAUCGAGGAGCUUCAGAAAUUUGUAGAGGACGAUAAUUAUAAGUUAUCUUUGAAAAUUGAGCCUGGGACCAGCACACCCCGCACUACAGCAUCUCGGGAGGAUUUAGUAGGGUCUGAAGUUGGGGCUUCCCCACAAAGUUCUCGGAAAAGCAUUCCUGCGGAAGGAGUGCUGCUGCCCCCGACGCCACCAUCUCCUCGAAAUCUCAUCCCACAUGGUCACCGCAAAUGCCACAGUUUGGGUUACAACUUUAUCCAUAAAAUGAACACAGCCGAGUUCAAAAGUGCAACAUUCCCAAAUGCCGGGCCACGCCACCUUUUAGAUGACAGUGUAAUGGAGCCACAUACACAAUCGAGAGGGCAGGCAGAAAGCUCCACACUUUCUAGUGGGAUAUCCAUAGGUAAGUGGAGCAGUGAUGGUUCAGAGCUCAGCGAAGACAUGUCCUGGCCGGCGUUUGAAAGGAACAGGUUGUACCAUUCUCUGGGUCCAAUGACACGAGGGGCAUGGAAUGGCUACCGGGGCCCAUUGAAGGCCAGCAGGAGACCUCAUGCUCUGCUCUCUGUGCGCAAGCUCAGGAUUUCAUCCCUAACUAGGAGCUGCGUUCAGCUGCGCAGUUCCAGCUCUGCAGAAUCCGCGGAACUGGCCGUCCAUUUGUAUCCUGGAGCAGCGACCAUACAGGGGGUGUUACGGAGGAAGACAUUAUUAAAAGAAGGAAAAAAGCCAACGGUUGCGUCCUGGACCAAGUACUGGGCAGUAUUGUGCGGCGCGCAGCUCAUCUACUAUGCAGCAAAAUCCCUAAAAGCCACAGAGAGGAAACAUUUCAAGUCCACAUCCACGAAAAACGUAUCUGUAGUGGGCUGGAUGGUCAUGAUGGCGGAUGACCCCGAGCACCCAGAUAUCUUUCUACUGACGGACUCUGAGAAGGGAAACUCGUACAAAUUCCAGGCAGGAAAUCGUGUGAACGCCAUGUUGUGGUUCAAACAUCUAAGCGCAGCCUGCCAAAGUAACAGGCAACAGGUUCCCGCCAAUCUGAUGACAUUUGAGUGAUCCACCCGGUGUUUUACCAGAUGGGAGUCUCAUCUUACUGGGCAUCAGACAUCAGGGGAAGGCGAAUGGACCACAUGCGAGGCUUCCCUUGCCCGUCUGUGGGCAACAGCACCUUAAAGCAAUGAACAAACCAGAUCCAGUUUUCAGCACUGACAGCGAAGAGAGAGGAGAGCGUUACUUUUUGCACCACCGCAUCCGUUAACGCCCCACUGCGCGGGUUAAGGCGCACUCCUGCAGUUUUGGACAGGAUCAGCCAUGGACCUCAUGUUGAGAUAGCCUAUGUACAUAUAUUUAGGUUUUUUGUUUUUUCUCUUGUUCACAGAACCAAUCUGUGCAAACCUCUGCCUUAAAGACAAACUAAAAAAAAAGUGUUGAAACGGAACACCAAAUAGUGUGCGCGCGCGAGAGUCUGAGUGGAUUCACAGGAGUGUCUCACCGUAGUCCUUCGUGACUACUCUUGUUUAGAUUUUAUCUACAGUCAAACUCACUGGUUACGGGGAAGAAAGCGUUGAACCUUUUUUUGGGGGGGCGGCUUGUUUCUUUAUAUUUUAACCUGUACAUAUGAACAUGCACUGGUUUUUCUUUUGGAAAGCCCGGUUAUUAAAAGACAGUACGUAGAAAGGACAGUGUUACUGUACAGAUGGGGUAAGCGGUGUUGGUGAAGGAGUGUUGCUCAUGCAGCUUAGGUCAAUUUGGUUGGUAGAGUGUCCUUUAAGACUCGUUCUUUUGUUUUAGAGGGGUUUAACUAUUGUGCUGCACCCUUGUCAGCGAGAACUUGCUUCAUGUAGAGCGUCUGUGCGGAAGACUCGACCAAGUUCCUGAAAGCCAGCAGUAUUAUUCAUUUUUAAUUAAUUUUAUUACCUUUUUAUAAAUCUUUUUUUUUUUCUUUUUUCUUUUUUUUAUUGUUAAAAAGUAAGGUAGCCCUUAAAAGUGGUUGAUAAUUAUGAUGUGUCAUUUUGUGGGGUGCGUUUGCUUCAGUCUCUUCAUUCAACUUUGGCUUCCACACAGUCCAGUAUAUCCGCUUCUGCAAGGGCUCCACUGACCACAUUUAAUGGACCUGACAGCAGGCCUUUUAUUUAGUGCACAGAACAUAAAAAGGGUUGCCUGACCAAAGAUUUAAAUUAUCUGAGGUGGAGGUUUACAAAAAAAUAAAAAUUAGAGUCACUAACCUUAUGUUACAGCAUCGCAGCCGAAAGUGAUGAUGUGCCACUACUCUCGGCAUUCAUGUUCCUCCAGGAACGGCUCUUGACCACCGAGCCUCUGCCGUGAUUUGCCAUUCUUGUACACGUGACCGCUGAGGCCAGUAAAUGACCACUGCGGUCAAUGUGACUUAUAACGGCAUUUCAUCACUUUGUCCUUUGGAGACGGGAGCCACCGUGCUUGUAUCAAACCGGACCAUCAUGAGGCGAGUGACUAUUUUUUGCACACCCGCCUUGCUUCAUUCCAAGCAAUCUUUUUAAGGUCUCAUUCACACGACCGUAUAUAUUUGUUUCAAUGGGGCCACAAAACAUGCGGGCAGCACAGUGUGCUGUCCGCUUCCGUGGUUCUGUUCUGUGGCCCGCAAAAAAUAUAGAGCAAGUCCUAUUCUUGUUUGCAAUUGCCAAGGCCUUCUCGCAGUUUUUCCUAGCCUAUGUGAUGUCAUGUUAAUGUGUCACACGGUCUAGGCGCAGCUUAGUCACAUUGAAGUGAAUGGGGUUGAGCAGCGGUACCAAGCACAGCCCCUGUACAACGGACAGUGCUGUGCUCAGUGAGCAUAGAAAACGCUGCGGCGCUACUGCCAGCUCUGGUACCUUAUCAAACAGCUGAUCAGCGGGGGUCCUGGGUGUCAGACCUUGACUGAUCAGAUACUGGUGACCUAUCCAGAGAAUAGGUCAUCGGGGAAAAUAUAUCAGAAAACCCUUUUUAAUAUAUCCACGGAUUACAAGCACAGCGUUGGGAAUACGUUUUUCUAUAUUUAUGUUAAGACAUUUGUGUUAUAUUGUCCAAUCGGUGGGUGACUAAACAGCGAAGAUAGGAAAAUGCCACCCACAUUGUCAUGUGUGGCUCCAGCAGUCAUGUAGUUGACCAUUGACCAUAAUAAUGUCAUGAUGGUCAGGGGCCGACAAUGCGUCAACCUUGAUCUAACAUUAAGCUGAUUGGCACUGCGCUGUCCUAGCGGGUCCCGCCGAUUAGGCGUUGGUGGCAUGUCCUAGCAAUGUGCCACCUGUGUCUAUUUUGAGGCCACCCCCUAUAAAUAUUGUUUUACAGUAUUGCACUCAUUAAGUGGUUAUAUAUCACAAUUACUAGUAAUAAUUAUUCAUACACAUGUCCCUGUCCCCAGAUCCUGUCACGUGUAGUAUAAAGUAGAUUCCUUUAGUGUAGACUUCCAUAAAGCAGCUGCCUGACAUCCAUGAUAUCUUCUGCUGAAUAUUCCAUAAUGGAAGGGUUUACAAGCCGUAGAGAUAAAGAUGGCCGUCUCAUACCACCUUACUGUACGGGAUUUUUCCAAGGGAUUUAUUUCUCUAGUAAUGCAAACAUCUGAGGUCGUCGUCCCGCUCCACGCGGUCAUGUCCUUUGUAUAUUAUGUGUAUUUAAUAACCUUUGUGUAUAUUCUUUGUUUGCCAUAUUUGAAUAAGUGACUGAAGCCAACAACUGUUCUCUUCUUUUCUUUUUUCUAUACUUUUUUUUUUUUUUUUUUUUUUUCUUCCCAUUUUUAUGUUGAUUCAUCCUUUCAGUUAUUUUACCUUGUACACAGAUGACUGGUGGCAUAUAUGGGUGGCAGGUUGACUGCCCUUUGAACUUGUGGUGUUUAGUUAUUGGAAGUCCCACUUCUUUCCACGCCUAGUUGAUUUACAUACAUGUAUCAUGAAAGCACUGUAUUGCAUUAAAGGGGUUAUCCAACACGUAUAAUGCCCCCCAAAAUGCCCGGGCACCACAUACAGGUUAUACUUACCCCGCACCUUCUUCGCUCCUGGUGCCCGCACGGACGCCGCUGCAUCUCCGUCUCGCAGAUCAAAACAACCGGCGAGGGGGAGGUGGAUGCAGCCAAUAGCAGGACACGACAGGGACAAGCCUCCCUAUCAUCGCGGUGACACUAGUGAGGCUCGUCCCUGUCGUGACCUGCUAUUGGCUGCCCCUUCUCCCAUCGCCGGAUGAUCUGCGCAACGUGGGUGCCGGGGAGCGGGGUAAUUAUAACUUGUAUGUGGUGCCCUGGCAUUUUGGGGGACUUUAACCUCAACCUGUUUGUAUGACACGGAGGCAUCAGCCGCUGAAUAUUCAUAGGUUCCUACUUUAUGGUUGACACUCGGCACUUAGAAGUACAGUUCUUGACACAUCAUCCAGUCGUUUUUAUUAAAGGGAAAUUUCAUCCCAAAAAAAAAACUUGAUAAUUCCCCAACCCAUAUUUGAGUAUGAUGUUGAGAUGUAUAAUGAAGCUCCUCGGGCCCAACUUGAAAUUAUUAAUAGGGCCCCCAAAUAUCACACUUUAUUUAUAGAUGUACUGGUUUUGUUUGGCCUUCUCUGUAUUAGGAAUUCUGUUUUUUGGUUACUACAUGUGAGCAGAAACAGAAUUUCAGCUGUGAUGGAUCCCUCACUUGACACAAACUGUGCCUGGUGGACCUCGCUGACUAUAGUAGAGCCCAUUCUGUUCCAUCAUGGAUCCUGCCGUUUCCUGUGGCAAAUAUGAUGGAAUCUGAAACAGAUGCUGUAAUGCAAAUGUGGACGGAGCCUUAAAGGGAACCUGUGACCUGGAUUUUGGGUAUAGAGCUGAGGACAUGGGCUGCUAGAUGGCCGCUAGCAC